ACCAAAUACCUAGUCUCUAACAUUUUAAUCAAUCCCAGAGCGUAGAGAUCAGAUGCCCGUUAGGCGUUCUGCCAUCGGAUCCGAUUUGAUUAUUCUGCCCUUGGAAAACGGAGAGUACUUUUUCUCGCUGUUUCUCACUGUAUUGGGCUGUCACUGGGAUUCACAUUCAGCGCUCAUCAUCACGUAUGUAGGCAGCUAUACUAUACGCAGAUUGAUUGUGGGAAAUCCAGGAUUAGUUACAGUGUGCAUCAGCGGCAGCAUCAAACACACCCGAUGUGGAUGAAAUGAACCGUCAAUACGCAGCAGCAUGAUCCAUGGCCUGGCUGUGUGUGUGACUGUCAGUGAGGACAGACAGUGUUGCAGCCCAGGCCAGAGGCAGCAGAUUGAAUGCCACUGAAGUCUCAAGGCUGUGAGCCCUGUGGAGUGUGGUCAUGACCAGCCAGGGCAGCAACAGUAGCAGGAAGGACGGCCAUGCCGCUGACAGUACCCCCUCCUCCUCCACGCCCCCCCGCCCGCCCCCAGGCCCCAAGCUGCAGGUGCAGCGCUCUCUCUCCCGGGACACCAUCACCAUCCACUUCUCCGCCCUGGGACAAGAGGAGGACGAAGAGCUGUAUGGGUUUGGGGCGUCUGUGUCAUCGUCCUCCGCAGGAGAGGAGUCAGAAGGGCUGGGUGGGAUGGGGGGGAGGACUGAGGACCAGGGCAUCGUGACAGCCUUGGAAGCCAGCGAGGAGCUACUGUUUGAGGCUGGAGGGAUUGGGACCACCACUACCAUUGCUGUGUCCUCUACCACUCUACCCCACAGCCCAGCCCUGCCCAUCCUCCCCCCCUCCAUGCACACCCCCCUCCAGUCCCCCCCCGCUUGCUCCUCCUGGCCCUCUGAUCACACAAGACCCAUGAUCCCUCCCACCUCCUCCUCCACCACCUCCUCCCCGUCUCGCUCAGCAGCCCUGCCCUCCAAGCCUUUCCUCAGCCUCAGGUCCCUGUCCAAUGAAAUGAUGAUUGCCCCUCCUUCUUCUGCCGGACGCCACCGCCACCACCUGAUGAAGACGUUCGUCAAGUCUCUCUCCACGGACAACACCAGGCCCGACCACCAGGAGGCGCCAUCACCACCAUCUCUCUCCCAGCAGCGCCCACCUCCAGACUCCCGCGUCAACAAUCUGCAGCUCUUCAAGCAGUUGGGCCAGCCGAUGGGCUCCACCACGUCUGGGGGUGGUGACUCCAAGACGGCCCCCUCCUCACCCCUCACCUCCCCGGCCGACGGGAGGUGUUUCUUCAAGGUGCAAGAGAUGGAGGCCAGGAUCGAGGAUACUAGGAGGCGUUUGUCGGAGGUCAUGUGUGAGCCAAUGCAGCUGUUCAGUAAGUUCAUGGGCGACGAGGCUGGAGGCGGAGCCGAGGGAGGGGGUACAGGAGGGGGUGCCUCUGCUACCCACCGCUCCCUCUCCCUCAGCGCCACGGAGCUCACCAACCUGGCAGGCCUCAAUGGGCACGCAGAGAGCAACAACAACUACAGCAUCAAAGAGGAGGGGGGCAACUCUGAAGGAGAGGAGGAGGAAGAGGAGACCCCUACUGGUGAAGCCUCAGCAGACACUAUCUUCUCCUCUCCUCCAGCCAAGUCCUCCAGGACCUCCAGGGUCUCCUCCCCUCCUCCUCUCCCUAGGUCCUCCUCCCUCGCCCUGGGUCACUGCUCCAUGUCGGCCCUAGUCCGCCUGGAGGACGAAGAGUUCUGUGAGCUCUACAGUGAAGGCUUUGAGCUCUGUACUGACACUGAGACACCGGACGGGGAGCGGCCCGGGUCCCUGCAGAUCCAAACGGGAAGCACGGGCGUCUGCAGUGAAGCCGAGUCCGACGAAGAGGAGGAAGACUUACCAAACGUGCCCAUCACUGGCCUCCUCUUCUUCACGUGUCUAGUCUACAGUUACCUGGUAUUCCCCCUGCCACCCUAUUUGUGUGCGGUGUUGCAGGGGGUGGCAGCAGGGUUCAUGCUGGCUAUACUGGUGGUGUGGCUGUCGGCUCCGGAGGUCUCCAGCUGCAGUGGGACCAGGCAGGGCAGACGAAGGGGGGAGCAGUGGAACGUGGCCCAGCUGGAUAUCAAAGAACCUGGAAUCUUUAAGGGCUGGAUGAACCAGAUGUCCAGCUAUGACCUAGAGAUGUACCAUGCCACUCUGACCCACUCUGUGUAUGUACGUCUGGAGGGCUCCACCCUGCGCCUGUCCAAACCCAACCGUAACAUCGCCCGGCGGGCCACGCACAACGAGCCCAAACCUGACGUCACCUACAUCAGCCAGAAGAUCUACGACCUCACCGACAGCAAGAUCCACCUGGUGCCCCAGAGCCUGGCCAGGAAGCGCGUGUGGAACAAGAAGUACCCCAUCUGUAUCGAGCUGGCCAAGCAGGACGACUUCAUGUCCAAGGUCCAGGCCCAGGGAGAGAGGCCUGAACCUGGGGAAGAGAAACCGGCCGGGGUGGGGGAGAAGGGGGAGAAGCUGGAGGGUCCAGGUGGAGCUGGGGGUGGAGAGGAGCCUAGGAAACCCCCAGGGGAGCGGGAUCUGACCCUGUUCCUGUUUGGGAGGACAGGUCGGGAGAAAGAAGAAUGGUUCAGAAGGAUUUUGGUGGCAUCCAGACUUAAGUCUGAGGCUAAUAAAACGUCCAGUGAGCAUCCAGUGGGCGACUGGCCUCACAGAUUGGAGGCAGAGAGCAGGAGUAGCAGCCGUGGCAGCCUGAUGGAUGAGCCCAGUCAGAAGGACCCUUCCCUGGCCGGAGGGGUCAGGCAGAAGAUGCUGCUGGACUACAACGUCUACAUGGCCAAGUACGUCACCCCCCUGCCCCCGCUGGACAGCCCCCCGGCCAGCAGCCCCUCCCACAGCCCAGAGGGCAGCCCUGGAGCCACCAAGAAGUUACCCAGCAGCUCGUGCGAGCGGCCGGGGCGAGGGGCGGUGCCAGAGGCGUGGGUGAACGCCUUGAUAGGCCGGGUGUUCUGGGACUUCCUGGGGGAGAAGUACUGGGCUGACAUGGUCUCCAAAAAGAUCCAGAUGAAGCUCAGUAAGAUCAGGCUGCCAUACUUUAUGAAUGAGCUGGCUCUGACAGCGCUGGACAUGGGCUUCUCCAUUCCCAAGAUCCUCCAUGCCUCCAAGCCCUCUGUGGACCACCAAGGUCUGUGGUUUGAUCUGGAGGUAUCCUACACUGGUUCCUUCAUCAUGACCCUGGAGACCAAGAUGAACUUGGCCCGUCUGGGGAAGGAAGGAGAGGGGCUGGGGGAGCAGGGGAAAGAGGGACCUCGGGCCUACUGCCUGGCAGACAGUGACGAAGAGUCCUCCAGUGCUGGAUCGUCUGACGAAGAGGAUCCCCCAGAAAUCCCCAUGGACAUGCUGGGGGCGGAGGGUUUCGUCGGAGGCCACCGGCCCAGUAAGAUCAUGAGGUUUGUGGACAAGAUCGCCAAGUCUAAGUACUUCCAGAAGGCCACGGAGACAGAGUUUAUCAAGAAGAAGAUCGAGGAGGUGUCCAACACGCCACUGCUUCUCACCGUGGAGGUGCUGGAGUGCCGCGGGAUGCUGGCUGUCAACAUACCACCCCCACCCACCGACAGGAUAUGGUAUGGCUUCAGGAGUCCCCCCCACUUGGAGCUGAAAGCCCGGCCCAAGCUGGGUGAGAGGGAGGUCACGCUGGCCCACGUCACCGACUGGAUCGAGAAGAAACUGGAUCAGGAGUUUCAGAAAAUAUUUGUGAUGCCAAACAUGGACGACCUCUGGCUACCCAUCAUGCACUCUGCCAUGGACACCCGUUCUAACGCCAACCUGGCUACUGUGACAACAUCGACCGAUGCCUUGAGGGACCCAGACCUCUCGGAGCCUGAACUCUUUGACGUGUGAAGACAACAAGACUCUCCGUUUCUGGGGUGUUGCUAAGGAUAAGUCACUGGCGACCUGACAUCCCAGUAACCACUGGUGCCAGCGUCGCAGUGGGCGGGGCUUACUGUCCUCCCCUCAGGACAGUGGGCCAAUCCCACAGCCACUCCAGACUGUGGAUCCUCUACCAGGAAGUGAAGAAAGGCAGAGAGAUGGAGAGAGACAGCCUGCUUACUUCUCACUUGGCUGGGAAAUACUGCAUCAUUGGUUUGAGGGAAUAUUAAUCUGAGGACGGUGUCAGUCAGACAGGUCAUGGAUUCACCUGGAUACACAGACCAUUUGGAUUGUAAGUGUGUGUGUGGUCAGACAAAUUGCCUUGCAGUGUAAACUGAAGAACCACACUACCUGUGAUAUACAGCAGCUACACCAAACGUCAGAGAUGAACAUGAAACGUGUGUGUACUAAUCGGAGUCCAUGAUAUGCCCUGCAUUUCUUUUUCCAUUGACUUUCAGACCCGAAACCCAUGAAAAAAGAAUGGGUGAUGGUCAUAGAGAGAAGGCUGUGUGUGUGUGUGAUUUGUCACAUGCUUCAUCAUCUAUGGACAUUCUGAGACAAUGUCUAUCCCUCUCUCCGCCUCCUCCCCUUCCAUCGCGUGGCAUUCCUUAUGCAAGCAGGUCAACGCCACUGUUGAUCGAUCAACAAUACCAUCCCAGAACAACUCAAACUGCAUGUGGUAGUUACUGAAUAGCCUGGGAUGAAUAACCUUGCCUGAGACCUGAAAAUGUGUGUUGGAUCCUCAAGAUGUCUAUGCUUUAGCUCAGCGUGCUCACACACUCUUGUGGCAUGGGUAUGACACCCGAGUAAGUCACAGAUGAAGGCUAUAUAUAGUAGUUACUGACUGUAUAGCUUGGGAGUUUUCAUCAAAUGCAUAGGGCCUUCAGUGUCUUCUGUCCACCAUUGCCUCAGCCAUUCUGAAGUCAAACCACAUUGUUGACGAGGUGUACAAGUACCAACCAUAAAUCUAUGUAUUGUCACAAGUCUUACAGCUAUGAUGUCAAAAGAGGUGUGUAGAGUGUAGACAGAAGGCCUAAUGAAUGUACCUGUACAUGUAAAGCAGGCAGUUCCCUAACUGGGUCAAAUAUAAAGGACCCUAAUAGACUGCUGACUUAGGGCUCGAAUCAAUCAGAUCCGCUUUAGGCGACAUCUGCAUAAUGGUUGUUUUGCCGGUGGAACUGCAUUAGAGCGAUCAAAUCCACAAGCGGCUUCUGGAAUUGUACCUAAAGCAGACAUUGCCAUUGUGUUUUGAGUCGCAUUAAGAGAAAUCCUAUGCAGACCCGUUUACAAGUUCGAACAUUGGAAUGUGAGAUGUUUUCUACACCUUAAUUAGGCUGAUAGAAAUGAUCUUUUUUUUGUUGAAUGAUUUUCAAUUUGAGUGUCAUUAUUUCUAUAUAGACUAUACUUUCUCAUUCUGAACUUCUAAUGUGUGGGCCGGUGUGGCUUUGUGACAAUGAUCACAAGAGCAGCUGCUCACCGAUUUCACAGCUUCAACAGUUACACCUCCAAAACAUUCGCUUUGCGGAGGUCGUCUGUCCCUGGUAAAUGCUUGAUCUGAUUGAAUCUAGGCAUUACUUUGGCAGUGGUAGGAGAUUUUUCCAGAGUUCAUUUUCUAUCAACUGUUUUAAAAGGCAGAGGUCAAAUGCAUUUGUCUCGUCUUAUAGGCCAAGCAGCACUUUCACACACACCUCUUUUUAAAACUGUUUCUCAACCUUUUUUGUACCAGCAACUGGCAAAUCUGGUCUUAUUCAGGGGGUGAACUUGUACAGCAAGUCUCACAAUACAGAAACAGGAGAUAGGCUCCUGCCCUGUGGUCCAUUCUGGUUCGGACAAGGCAUGCUUAGUUACUGCCAAAGCUAUGCGUUUCCUCUUUGGAGCACCACUGCGCUACAUUACUUCAUUGUCAGACACCCAUGACUGAUCAGCAACAUCCCAGGGCCCGACGGUUGAGCACCACUAUCUUAGACCACGUUCACCAGCUAGGAUACGUUACAGCUUUCACACACUUAAGAGUCUGAACAUGGUUAGAUGCCUGCAGCUGGUGAUUCAAACAGCCAUAACUUAUGUUAGCCAUACCGCUCAACCAAUGGAAACAUGAGCCAUUCAGUAAAUAUGACUGCUUUUCUUUAUCAAUUUCCUGUCUUGAAAUACCGGACUUCAUGCUAUGUACAUAUGAAAAAUAAACCAUUUCAAAUAUCAA